GAUAGUAAACAACCGACAUUUAUUCUAGCUCAGAAUUGGACCUAUAAUUGUUUAGAAAAAGAUCAGGCAUAAUUUGUGUUAUAGUUUCGCUGCAAUACACCAUUUAACGAAACGGUGAUGAAACUAUUAACUAUUUUAUUUUUCACUUUAAUGAGUUCAUCAUCAUGGAAGAUGGUCACAGCAAAAAGUACCAGUUCGGUAGAAAAUACAGAGAAUCAAGAGCCACAACAGAGUGAGAACUCAAACGGAAAUCUGACUGAGCUGGUCGAUCGAGUCCACUAUGAGCUGAGCCAAGUGCAGCUGGCAUACGGAACCGACCAAGUGACAGACACCACAAACAUGGUCAUGGUAAGCUACAGCUGGAACGAGAAAGAACCUGCGAGGCAGAUUUACGCCGCUUUGAAAGCCAGCGGGAUAAAUGCCUGGAUCGACUAUUACAACAUGACCUAUGCGAAUAACCUGCCUCAAACAAUGGGUGAAACAGUCGAAGACUCGACAGUAAUUGUGGUAUGUUAUUCAGAAGCAUAUCAAAACAGCUCAAACUGCAGACAGGAAGCUCUCUACUCAUUUCAACUGAAGAAAAAACAGGUUUUCGCUAAGGUGCAGGAAGAUUUCACGCCGACGGGUUGGCUAGGGUUCAUCCUAGCUGGUCAUCAGUACUAUAACUUUUACAACGAGUCUGUGUUCGAUGAGAACUUCGAGAAACUGCUCGGAAAUGUCGAGGAAGGGUUGAAUGGUUCAGAGGGCAAGAUGAGAGUUAGUUUGGCAAUGAUUAUCGUCAGUAUUGCGUUUAAAUUCAUUUUGUGAAGCUUUUUUGAAAUCUAUUCCAUACCAACUUAUUACUGAAGGAACCAUUUUUUGAAGACCAGAUU